GGGGCGGGGCUGGGCGCAGUUCCCGCCAAGAGGGCCUCUUGUGACCCGGCCUGGCCGGGCCAGGUGUGGGUCCCCUGCCUCAUGGAGGCUGUGCACUUCAACAGCUGCGGAGAAGGCGAGCGUGCAUUUCCGAGUAACGAGGUUCAUUAUGGAGAGGUCAAGCUGGGCAUGCAUUCCAUUCCCAUUGCGGCUACUUGUACAAUUUACCAAAAGUUCUUCUGCAAGAUCAACCUGGACACCUAUGACCCUUACCUGGUUGCCAUGUCUUCCAUUUACUUGGCUGGCAAAGUGGAGGAGCAACACCUGAGAACUCAAGACAUCAUCAACGUGUUCAACAGCUGUUCCUAGGAGUCUUCCUGCUUUCAAAGUUGGGGUGUGGACAAAGAAAGCCACCAGCCAGAGUGAAGGAGUUGGAAUUGAAGUGGAAAGAAGCCGAAAACAAAAUUUGCCUUGCUGCCUACUGGAGUGGACCACUGUCAUCAAUACUUUGGUAUUUUCCUUUUAAAUAAAAAAAUGCCAUUGAAAGGUCUUUCACCUCUACAGGCAGAGGUCUCAAAGUGCAAAUGUUCGGAGCGUGAGACCUGCAGGCCUCGUGCAGCACUCCCCAGACCACCUCCUCUGGAAUCUCAGCAGAACCAGGCAGAGGAGCCUUGGGGUCAGGGACUUGGGGAGGGAAGUGCAGUAACUCAGCGAUGUUCUUGCAAUCUUGUUUCCUGAAAAGAAACUUGCUACAUUCAAAAAUGAAACUUCAAAAGGAAAACACCUGGUAAGAGGAAUGGAAAUAUCAUGCCAAUAAAUAGUUCCUUAUUUUUAAAAUA